AUACAGAAGUAGUGAGGGUUUGCUUAUUUUAUAGAUUUACGUGAAAGUGAAAAGAUUAUUGAUUCGAAAUUGAUUAGAGUUUUUUUUUCGGGAUAUUGUGUUGAUUUUUCCGAAAUGUUCAAGCGUAAAGCAGAGUCCAAGAUUGUAAUUAUUGAGGGUGGAGGCUACCUAAAAAGAGCGAAUCCCAACAAUCUACAUGAAAUCUUCAACAAAUACGCUUCGGUCGAGAAGAAUGGCGAAAAAUUCAUGACCUCCCAAGAUUUCGUCAUCAGAUAUCUGGGUUUAUUCGAAGACACUAACUUCAACAAAGAUUCCGUCAAUCUAUUGGCCGCUAUUGUGGAUACGAGCAAAGAUGGUUUCAUAUCAUAUUCGGAAUUCCAGGCUUUCGAGGGUUUGCUUUGCUUCCCGGACGCCCUGUAUAAAACUGCCUUUCAGCUAUUCGACACAAACGGCAACGGAAUGGUCAGCUUUCCGGAGUUCGUGGAGGUGAUACAAAAAACAGAGCUUCAUAAGAGGAUACCAUUCAAUAUGGACUCGCCAUUCCUGCAAUUGUACUUUGGGAAGGACAAACAAAGGGUAGUGUCCUAUAGCGAGUUCGGUCAGUUUUUACACGACUUCCAUGAAGAAUAUGCAAUUGAAGGAUUCAGGCGAGCCGACAAAAAAGGCACCGGGUUCAUAUCAUUGAUGGACUUUCAAGAUAUCAUGACCAACAUCAAAAGCCACCUUCUGACACCUCAAGUACAGUCGCAUCUCAUAGAGACAGCUCAAGGAUCUCAAGCGGGCGGCAGAAGAGUCAGCUUCCCAUACUUUAUAGCCUUCAAUUCCCUCCUCAACAACAUGGAGUUGGUGAAACGGAUAUACCUGAACGUUACGAAUGGGCACAGAAACCAAGAAGUGAGUAAAGAAGAAUUUAUGCACUCUGCACAAGUGAUGUCUCAAAUGACACCGUUAGAAGUCGAUAUAUUGUUUCAUCUGUGUGAUGUUUUACAUCAGAGCGGAAAAAUUGUUUAUAAUGAUUUAUAUUCGAUUGCACCCGAGCAGUAUUUCAAACAAAUCACAAACAGAUUGGCAGAAAUAAAAGCUGUGCAGAGUCCCGAAGAUAGAGGAGUUGUUAUUCAAAUAUUAGAAAGUGCCUAUCGAUUCACUUUAGGAUCAGUUGCCGGAGCUGUGGGAGCAACAGCAGUAUAUCCAAUCGAUUUAGUAAAGACCAGAAUGCAAAAUCAGAGGGCAGGCUCCUUCAUUGGUGAAGUUAUGUACAGAAAUAGUUUCGACUGCUUUAAGAAAGUUGUACGGCAUGAGGGUGUCUUUGGUCUUUACAGAGGCUUGGUGCCGCAACUUAUGGGCGUUGCUCCAGAAAAAGCCAUCAAAUUAACAGUAAACGACUUCGUGAGAGACAAGUUUUACGACAGCAAAGGCAACAUCUCUCUAUAUGGCGAAAUUAUUUCUGGCGCAUGUGCCGGUGGUUCCCAGGUCAUCUUCACGAAUCCGUUGGAAAUCGUGAAAAUUCGGUUGCAGGUGGCUGGGGAGAUAGCAAGCGGAGAGAAGGUCCGAGCUUGGUCUGUGGUUAAGGAGCUCGGUCUCUUCGGCUUGUACAAGGGCGCACGCGCGUGCCUCCUCAGAGAUGUACCCUUUAGUGCAAUAUAUUUCCCCGCGUAUGCGCAUACCAAGGCGGCGCUGGCAGACGAAAGAGGAUAUAACCAUCCCUUGUCCCUCUUGGCAGCUGGAGCGAUUGCUGGUGUUCCUGCCGCGUCAUUGGUGACACCGGCUGACGUAAUCAAAACACGUUUGCAAGUAGUGGCCAGGGCAGGACAGACCACCUACAGUGGCGUCAUAGAUGCAACUAAAAAGAUUUAUAAGGAAGAAGGAUUCAGGGCAUUUUGGAAAGGAACUUUACCACGUGUGUUCAGGUCUUCACCACAAUUCGGAGUCACACUUGUAUCCUAUGAACUCCUUCAACGAAUGUUGUACAUAGACUUCGGAGGAACGCGACCAUCAGGUUCUGAGCUCAAGGUGAUGGAAGAAGCAAAAUCGAGGAACCCUGACCACGUUGGAGGUUACUCAGUAUGCCUGCCCAUAUUCUCAGGAAUUGAAUCUAAAUUCGGUUUAUGUUUUCCUAAAUACAAUGUUCAGAGGACAGUCACAUAGAAUUUUAUGAAAAUUUAGUAAAAAUAGGUACAGAUUUUCCGAUAUUUGUGAAACUUUUUUAUUGCUCGCAAGGAAUUCUAAUUCUUUCCGAUAUUUUCAAAUCUAUCCAAUACUUCGGACACACUAAUGAAUGAAUUUUACGAAUGUAUAUUAUAUUUCAAACUAAUUUUUUGAAUAUUUUGAAAGAGUUUUUAUGAUAUAUUGAUAUAUAGAGUACUACACAAAUAAACAUAUUUGGAUUA